CCAAUCCACACAUCCACAUAUGUUUAGGUGGGAAGGCUCAUAGCAUUGCACGAAUAUCCCUGCCAACGAGGACUAUACCGAAAUAUUCGACAUAUCAAGUCCUCAACCAAGUUAGGCCACUAGCUGACUAGACGCGUAUUAGUCAAGUCUUGCUUUGUUGGCCUAUGUGAGGACAGGGGCGGGAGUACGGGCGGAAUGUCUCGAUAUGUCCUCGUUACCAAAAAGCUGGGAAUGCUCGUUUCCUGGGUGUGAUAAACGCUUCACUAGAAAGGAGCAUUUAAAUCGACAUAAACUAGGUCAUAAUCCAGAGCAUCAGUAUAAGUGCCCUGUAUGUGGGCGGCGUUACGCACGAAGCGAUGUAUUCAAGAGACAUGUAAAACAACAUAACCCAGCCGUUCCUCAGCCCCUAGACACAAGAAGAAUAUGUUUGCCUUGCGGUGAACGGAGCACCCAGUGCGAUGGGAAUUCCCCUUGCGGAGCUUGUGCUUCGAGUUUGAUAGAUUGUCGUUGGGUUGAUUCAGAUGACCAUCAUGAAACUAGUACCGAAUCAGCGAUCGUGACGCCGGCGAGCGGUUCCAGUCAAGCAACAUGGCUUCCACCAACUCCAGAAGGUUGGAAUUCGGUACCAUUCCCGGCUACACCCUCAUACCCGGAAGCUUCAAAUGACUUGAACUUUGUUCAUGAAGAGCAUCGCACCCUAGAACCAGCUGGCUUGGUCCACUCUACAUCAAAUUCUAGCGCAGCUAUAUUUGAGCCAACUCACUUCAGCACAUCGAAUAUUACCCACCUAUCUCUUCAGCAGACAUUGCCACCAACAACACAACCUCAAACGACUUCCGAAUCGCCUGGAUCUGCCGUGGGGGCAGAUUUACAGACUUAUCUAGACACGAACUCACCCAAUGCUAAGAGGCUUGUCGAACUUUUCUUCCAAGAGAUCCAUCCGUACUGGGCUAUCUUACACGCGCCUACGUUCGAACUGGAGAAGACUCCACCGGUUUUAUCAACAUCCAUGAUUAUAUUGGCUAGUUGGCUUGAAAAGGGACCAGAUCACCAAAAACUUGCCCCUAUUGUCUUCGACGAAGUGGCUCGGAUUCGAAUGGUUCCCCAUCCGCCGUUACAUUUAUUACAGUCCGUUCUACUUUAUAUCGUUUACGCAACGUACAUGUUGACUGCGGAUGGUAUGGUAGCAAAAGCCCUCAACCUCACAGGCCUAUUAGUAUCAACCUGUCGGUUUCUUGGCGUUUUUAACGGCCAAUACUCAUGUCACGAAAGGAGUGACCUGGGUAGUGGCUGUCCAUUUGUUGCUUGGCGAAUACAAGAGCAGCUGAAUAGACUUGCAUUUUCCGUUCUUCGCGUCGACGCAUAUCUCAGUAUGCUCUUAGACCACCCUCCUUCAAUGCGCUAUCAAGAGUUAUGGAUUCCUCUGCCCAAGUCCUCUCAGCUAUGGGCUGCCUCGAAUGAACCCGAGAGACGCGAGCUCCAAUGGAACGAACCAGCAGGCCGCGAAAAGGCACUCUUUUCAUUCUUCAUGCGCGACGCCCUUAAUCCCAACCGCGGAAAACUGCCGUACUGCCUCACCGAUAUCGACUACCACCUGAGCACCUGCGCAACCCAGACGACUAUCUGGGAACUAGCACGAGAAGCUCAUAGUUCCAUGUCAGACGAGCUUGCCGAAGAGAUUAAUCCUGGCAUCUUCGUCGACAUGGCACAUCCGCAUCUAACCCUCUGGCGAGACAAUCGCAAGCAAGACUCCCCCCUGCUCGAGCAAUACUUCUCAGGCGACUUGUACGGAACCGAGCAUCUCCUAGCUCCGCUCACAUUCACACUAAUGUACAUGUCCACACUGAAAAUGUUCGCUCCCAUGAACGUCCUACGUAUCAAAGGGCACUACUACAAGUCCCGCCCCGGCGCCGCAAUCCCCACCCGCAAGCCCCAAGCCCACCUCCUCAGCUGGGUUUCGACCGGGUGUCCCCGCGCCGCACUCUGGAACGCCGCGCAGGUCUGCCGCAUCUUCACCAUCGAAUCCGCCCGCGCCGACUGCGACUCCAGGAGCGGAAUUACAUGUCCUCUCUUGCGCACGCGUCUACGGCUUAACCCCCUGCUUAUCCCAGGUGUACUCAUGAGCGCUAUCGUAGCAUGCUCUUACGCGCGUCUAAAGGGGCGCUGCGCGAACUGCCGCAGCGAUGCCGACUCCCCGGGUGCGUCCUCCUCAAACAUUACCACCAGCGACGAAGUAAUCAACCUAUUCGAAGCAAAGGAGCAGGACGCGGCCUUUCAAACAUGGAAGCACCACGGAACGCUCGUCCCGUAUUGGGGCGGGAUUUACGGCAGCGAGCGGGUGCGAGUCUGCAAGUGUCAGCUCUCGAGUCUCGCGGCCUGGUUCCGUGGUGCGUUCGCGGAGGACGAGGCUGCGGAGAUGGAGUUCGUGCUUUUCCUUGCGGAGCUGAGCGGUGAGACGAAGUAAGCUUACAAGUACCCGAUGUUAUAUCCGAGAUGGUAUACAGAUAGCUUCCCAUUACCCCCUUUACAAGCUAACUUAGAUUUAAAUAUCAUCACAAUAAAUUCGCAACAUACACGUCCAUGCCACUUGUAUUUCAAGUCAAUAAUUCGC